UACGCAGCGACGGCUUCUGGCGCAUGCGGCUGGUUGUUCAUCGAUACUGAAAGGCGCAAAUGGCGGGAUGGAGUGGGCAUUACACAACCUGGGCGACCUCUACAAAGACCAAGGGAAACUAAAGGAGGCAGAAGAGAUGUACAUGCGAGCGCUGCAAGGAAAGGAGGAGGCACUUGGACCGAAUCACACUUCGACGCUCGACACGGUUCACAACCUGGGUCUCCUCUACUCUGACCAAGGGAAACUGAAGGAGGCAUAAGAGAUGUACAUGCGAGCGCUGCAAGGAUACGAGGAGAUACUUGGACCGAAGCACACAUCGACGCUCGGCACGGUCAACUGCCUGGGCACACUCUACGCCAACCAAGGGAAACUGAAGGAGGCAGAAGAGAUGUAUAUACGAGCGCUGCAAGGAUACGAGGAGGCACUGGACUCUGAGACCCUUCCGAGAUACCGACCGGCCCUCAACACUAUAUCAAAUCUCGGCGAUAUCUUUGCAACCAAAGGGGAGGUACAUAAGGCUAAAACCAUGUACACACGUGCUCUUACUGGCUUCCAGGUUCUUCUUGGGCCAUCCUGUGAUCAAUGUCAGCAGUUUGAGGAUCGACUGUUCUCCCUUGAUCUUUCGAAAGAAGAGCUCGCGGACAUGAGCGGGACAGAGGAAGUGGCUGAGGUGGUAGAUGGGAAAGGUGCAAAGAGCGGACGUCGGUCAGUUGUGAGAAGAUUUAUGCGCAAACUUGUAAGAUGAAGGCAGUUGAUAGUGAUUCGAUAAGAGAUAACUACCCCAUUUAGCAAUUAAUAUUGCUACUGAUACUUUGUUGCAUUGUCCUAUUUCCG